CCACUCCCCAGUGCAUCCACUCCCACCUCCAGAGUCCAAGGGUCCAUGUGGUGGCCAGGCCGCGCUGUGCUGGGUACUACAGCGGGAGGCUGCACUGGGCCAGCUGGUGGGUGGAUAGCAUGGGCUUUGAGGAACUGCUGGACCAGGUAGGCGGCUUCGGGCCCUUCCAACUGCGGAAUGUGGCCCUGCUGGCCCUGCCCCGCCUGCUGCUCCCCCUGCACUUCCUCCUGCCUAUCUUCCUGGCUGCAGUACCUGCUCACCGCUGUGCCCUGCCUGGCACCCCUGCCAACUUCAGCUACCAGGAUGUAUGGCUCGAGGCCCACCUGCCCCGGGAGCCUGACGGAACUCUCAGCUCCUGCCUACGCUUUGCCCGCCCCCAGGCUCUUCUCAACACCACGUUGGGGGGAGAGGGGCAGAGUCCUGAGAAGCCAGAGGGCGAGCCCUCCACAGUGUCCUGCUCUCAGGGCUGGGAGUACGACCGCUCGGAGUUCUCCUCCACCAUUGCGACUGAGUGGGACCUGGUGUGUGAGAAGAAGGGCCUGAACAAAGCUACGUCCACCUUCUUCUUUGCUGGUGUGCUGGUGGGGGCCGUGGCCUUCGGAUACCUGUCCGACAGAUUUGGGCGCCGCCGCCUGCUGCUCGUGGCCUAUGUGAGUACCCUAGUGCUGGGCCUGGCGUCUGCAGCUUCGGUCAGCUACCUCAUGUUUGCCAUCACCCGCACCCUCACUGGCUCGGCCCUGGCAGGCUUCACUAUCAUCGUGAUGCCACUUGAGCUGGAGUGGCUGGACGUGGAGCACCGCACAGUGGCGGGCGUCUUGAGCAGCACCUUCUGGACCGGGGGCGUGAUGCUGCUGGCUCUGGUCGGGUACCUGAUACGGGACUGGCGAUGGCUCCUGCUGGCUGUCACCCUGCCUUGUGCCCCAGGCAUCCUCAGCCUCUGGUGGGUGCCUGAGUCUGCCCGCUGGCUUCUGACUCAGGGCCGCGUGGAGGAGGCCCACAGGUACCUGCUCCGCUGUGCCAGGCUCAAUGGGCGGCCUGUGGGCGAGGAUGGCCUGAGCCAGGAGGCCCUGAGCAAGGUAGCUGCUGGGGAACGCACAGUCGGCAGACCCUCCUACCUAGACCUGUUCCGCACACCCCGGCUGCGACACAUCUCCCUCUGCUGCAUGGUGGUCUGGUUUGGCGUGAACUUCUCCUACUACGGCCUGAGCCUGGACGUGUCGGGGCUGGGGCUGAACGUGUACCAGACGCAGCUGCUGUUCGGGGCGGUGGAGCUGCCCUCCAAGCUCCUGGUCUACCUGUCGGUGCGCCACGCCGGCCGCCGCCUCACGCAGGCCGGGACAGACGGAGUCCUGGAGCACCGCUCUGGCGGUGAUGGGGAAAGGAUUUUCUGAAGCCGCCUUCACCACUGCCUACUUGUUCACCUCGGAGCUGUACCCUACGGUGCUCAGACAGACAGGGAUGGGGCUGACUGCCCUCGUGGGCCGGCUGGGGGGCUCUUUGGCCCCACUGGCAGCCUUACUGGAUGGAGUGUGGCUGCCGCUGCCCAAGCUGGCUUAUGGUGGGAUUGCCCUGCUGGCCGCCUGCACUGCCCUUCUGCUGCCAGAGACGAGGCAGGCACAGCUGCCAGAGACCAUCCAAGAUGUGGAGAGUAAAAGGGCCCUGACCAGCCUUCAGGAAGAAGAGAUGACCAUGAAGCAGGUCCAGAACUGAGUGGCAUGGGGAUAAGCCUUGCACAGAAACUCUGCAGCUGGGAGAGCUGGGCGGGGGAGGGCGGGCAGGCCCUGUGACUGGAGCCAGGGGCAUCAAACUCAGGGCCAGAAAUGCUACUGGUGCCCCUUUCUUGUGUUCACCCAGUCUCAAUGGUUUGACCUCCACAAUAGAUCACCUCCCAGAGUGCUCUGGGCUACUGGAGCAUCUAGGCACCCCUCUCAUGACUGGAGGGAGUCUAUAAGUAAAGAUGCCCCUUGGGCUGGGGCAUCAGUGAGGAGCUAUGGGAAGAACAAAGCAAACAGAGACACUGAGUCUGCCUUGAGUUCUGAUCCCAACUUUGCCACUGAUUUGCUGUGUGACCUUGAACAUAUGACUUUCCCUCUCUGAGUCUCAGUCUGUUCUUCUCCCAAAUGGAUAAUGAAGCCUCUUGACAGCC